CCCACCGCUAUCCAUAACUGAAAAACCGGAAAUAAGUCGAAUUGGUUGAUCGAGUGGCCGUACUUUGUUAAUGCUAUGUCAAAACCGCAAAAUUAAAACGGAUAAGGCACUCGAUAGCGUAAAAGAAAGAGAGAGACGAUGAUGAUUGGUGCCUCCAACUCCAUUACACUCACAGGAAUUGCUUCAUUCACUUCUCCAAACUUUUACGCCAAUCUCGCCGCUCCAAAUUCAAUACCAAAACCAGCCACUUUUUCUCUCUCCCUCUCCCCAUGGAGAACAACAACAAGCUUACGUAUUCUCUCUACGCCAAUUUCAGCUGUUAAUUCAGGUUUAGAAGCAUCAAUUACAGAUUCAAAUGAUAUUUCAGUCUUCUUAACUGAUGCCACAGUACUUGUACAAGAACCACGGGAUGAAGAUAAGAUACAACUAAGAGUGAACUUGAAUGGUGAUCAAACACAGAAGGUAUUUGACCGAAUUCUCGUUAACUUAGGUCGUAAGGCACCGCCAGUUCCUGGAUUUCGCAUGCGAAAAGGAGGGAAAUCAUCAAAGAUCCCAAAAAGCUUCCUUUUAGAGAUGCUUGGGGAAGAUCGCGUCACUAAGUUUGCAAUACAAGAGAUACUCAAUUGUACCAUGGCUGAAUAUGUAAAAAAGGAAAACUUGGAUGCCGAGGACAAGAAGGUUAGCACUAUUCAAACGGUCCAAGAACUCAAAAAGUCAUUCAGAGCAGGAAAAGAAUUCGGUUUCGAUGUUAUAAUUGAGCCUAAAAAUGCCUAAGGGAGAUUUCGUCCACCAUCGGCCUAAACACAGCAAGUUGUGCUCCUUUCUUUGGAAGGUCGAGGCGAGAGUCACAAGGCGAAAGCUGUGGACCGUUAUCCGGAUUGAAAGCUUGCUUGCUAGAAAACGCAAUGCCAAAGGUAAAACCAUCUCCUUUCUGAACUUUAGCAUCAAGACAUGGACUAUAAACAUCAUUUGUAUCAGCUGCAUCUGCAACAAACAUAGCCAUCAUAGCAAUGACAAUCAACUGUUUCACCAA